AUGGAGACUGACUCUGGCACCUCCCCUGCAGCUUCAAAGGGUGUCCGCGUGGAACAUACGAUAUAUCCAGAGCGGGACAAUCUUUUUCAUUCUAUGGCAGUUUCGAGCGAAGUCCUCAAAGAGAAUAAGAAGUAUUUCGGCGCACAAUGUACGCAAUGUGGGACAGAAAUGAAGAAACUUUUGAAAUGCGCAAAGUGUAAGAGCGUCUGGUAUUGCUCGAAGGAGUGUCAAAAGAAAAAUUGGUCCACCCAUAAGCCGACAUGCCAUGCAGAUGAGCGCUCCUCUGGGCUCUACAAACUCGUCCGAAUGUUCAGUGUAAAUUCAGUGCUCAUGGGGUAUCUCAAGUGCGGGAUCGUCUUCGAGUGCGGCCUACUUGACAAUCCUCGGAUCGGAUUUGACACGCCGUUCUUGGCGCGCGUUGAAAUCGCCAUCGAGCCAAGUGAUGUUGUUAAAUUUGUUGGAUUGUAUGUGAACGACCCGAGUGUAGAGGAAAAGGUUGAAGGGAUGUUACAAGCCAAUGCUAUCACUCCGUGGCCGAGCCCAAGCAUGCAAGCUCCGCUUACACCAAAGCGACUCAACACAUGGCGUGAAGCUCGAGCAUGGUAUAAUGCAGAGGGUUUCGCCGAAGAUCCUGUUGGACUCGCAGAGUUCAUCGGUCAUAGGUGUACUGCCGACUCAGCGAACUCAAUGACCGUCGAGUUGCACAUCCCGAAGACGACUCUUUUCGUCGCGAUGACACGCGCCCCCUUCACGUCUGUCUCUGCUAUUACGGGCAUUCAGACCAAGAAACCCUUAAGUGCUGCGUCGUUCAUCAACUCGCAUAUUCGGGCGGAUAAACAAAAUCAGUUGUUUUUACAGACUGAGAUGACAGAGGAAGACAAGGAAGUUAUCCGUGCUGCAGGUCGCAACGAGGACACGUUUUCCGUUCGUAUUCUCAAAGAGAAGAUGGAGAGAGAACAAAUUUAUGCUGGUUUCUGCAAUCGAUAA